GCUAGCCACCGGGGCAGCCCCGGAGAGCGCACGCCGCCCGGUGCGGCAGCCGCUGCGCCCUGGGCUGAGUGCUCCAGGAUCCAGCCAUGGACCGAAGCAGGGUGCUGGAACAGCUAAUCCCAGAGCUCACCGGACUCCUCAGCCUCCUGGACCAUGAAUAUCUCAGUGACAGCACCCUGGAGAAGAAGAUGGCUGUGGCCUCGCUCCUGCAGAGCCUGCAGCCCCUCCCAGCAAAGGAAGUCUCCUUCCUGUAUGUGAACACCGCAGACCUGCACUCGGGGCCCAGCUUUGUGGAGUCUCUCUUUGAAGAAUUUGACUGUGACCUGGGUGACCUUCGGGAUAUGUCGGACGAUGGGGAACCCAGCAAAGGAGCCAGCCCUGAGCCAACCAAGAGCUCAUCUCUGAGAAGCGCAGCUGCUGAGGUGCCUCCACCCUUGCCCAACAAGCCUCCGCCCGAGGACUACUAUGAAGAAGCCCUUCCCCUGGGACCCGGCAAGUCCCCCGAGUAUAUCAGCUCUCACAAUGGCUGCAGCCCAGCACAGUCGAUUGUGGACGGUUACUACGAGGAUGCAGACAACAGCUACCCCACCACAAGGAUGAAUGGAGAACUGAAGAACUCCUACAAUGACUCUGACGCCAUGAGUAGCUCCUAUGAGUCCUACGAUGAGGAGGAGGAGGAAGAGAAAGGGCGGCAGCCCAAGCACCAGUGGCCCUCAGAAGAGGCCUCCAUGCACCUGGUUAGGGACUGCAGGAUAUGCGCCUUCCUGCUUCGGAAAAAGCGCUUCGGGCAGUGGGCCAAGCAGCUGACGGUCAUCAAGGAGGAGCAGCUACUGUGUUACAAAAGCUCCAAGGACCGACAGCCACACCUGAGGCUGGCGCUAGAUGUCUGCACCGUUGUCUAUGUGCCCAAGGACAGCAGACACAAGCGGCAUGAGCUGCGCUUCUCCCAGGGGGCCACAGAGGUGUUGGUGCUGGCUCUGCAGAGCAGGGAACAGGCUGAGGAGUGGCUGAAGGUCAUCCGAGAGGUCAGCCGGCCCAUCGGGGGAGCCGAGGGCUUGGAGGUGCCCAGAUCCCCAGUCAUCCUGUGCAAGGCGGAUCAGGACAAGAGGUUGUCCCAAGAGAAACAGAACUCCGACUCUGACAGUCUGGGCAUGAAUGACAGCGGUUCCACUCUCAGCCGCCGAGAAGCCUGUGAACAUGGCAAAGGGAAGAAGAACAGCCUGGCUGAGCUCAAGGGCUCCAUGAGCAGGGCUGCCGGCCGCAAGAUCACACGCAUCAUCAGUUUCUCCAAGAAGAAGGCGCUGUCUGAGGACCUGCAGACAUUUUCCAGUGAGGACGAGGUUCCAUGCUGUGGCUACCUGAAUGUGCUGGUAAACCAAGGCUGGAAGGAACGGUGGUGUCGCCUCAGGUGCAACACUCUCUAUUUCCACAAAGACCGCACAGACCUGCACACCCACGUGAAUGCCAUAGCCCUCAGGGGCUGUGAGGUAGCCCCAGGCUUUGGACCCAGGCACCCCUUUGCCUUCAGGAUCCUGCGCAAUCGACAGGAGGUGGCCAUCCUGGAGGCAAGCUGCUCAGAGGACAUGGGCCGCUGGCUCGGACUGCUGCUGGUGGAGAUGGGCUCCAAAGUCACCCCAGAGGCGCUGCACUAUGACUACGUCGACGUAGAGACCUUAACCAGCAUCGUUAGUGCUGGGCGCAACUCCUUCCUGUAUGCACAGUCCUGCCAGGAUCAGUGGCCUGAGCCCCGCAUCUAUGAUGAGGUUCCUUACGAAAAGGUGCAGGAUGAGGAGCCCCAGCGCCCCACUGGGGCUCAGGUGAAGCGCCACGCCUCCUCCUGCAGUGAGAAGUCCCACCGUGCGGACCCGCAGGUCAAAGUCAAGCGCCACGCCUCCAGUGCCAAUCAAUACAAGUACGGCAAGAACCGGGCGGAGGAGGAUGCCCGAAGGUACCUGGUAGAAAAAGAGAGGCUGGAGAAAGAGAAGGAGACGAUUCGGACAGAACUGAUGGCCUUGCGACAGGAGAAGAAAGAGCUGAAGGAAGCCAUUCGGAACAACCCAGGAGCAAAGUUGAAGGCCUUGGAAGAGGCCGUGGCCACUCUGGAAGCUCAAUGCCGUGCCAAGGAAGAGCAGAGGAUCGACCUGGAGCUCAAGCUGGUAGCUGUGAAGGAGCGCUUGCAGCAGUCCCUGGCCGGGGGUCCGGCCCUCGGUCUGUCCGUGAGCAGCAAGAACAAGAGCCAAGACACUACAAAUAAACCCCAAAGCAAUGUCCCAGAGCAAUCUCUCCCUGUCAACUGUGUUUCUGAACUGAGAAAGAGGAGUCCGUCCAUUGUGACCUCCAACCAAGGGAGGGUGCUACAGAAGGCCAAGGAAUGGGAAAUGAAGAAGACCUAGAGAGGGUGAGAAUUCCAUCCUGAAGCAGUAUCAGCUUGUCCAUUCUAAGGAGGAAAUGCUUUCUUCGCAAAGAUAACAAGAAAAGACUGGGGCACCCAAAAGACCAGCUUGACUGUCGGCAUGAUUUUAAGGAUUGUGGGAAGGGAGACAUGGAAGCAUCCUUCUGGCUAUACAAAGGGUGGAGUUGGGAGCGUCCGGAGACAGAAGCAUCCACAGUUGUAAAGGUUUUAUUAGGUAUCUUUGCCUUCUGAUGCAAUGAAUGCACAUAAGCCAUUCCAUCCUUUCCUUGGCAUCCCAGUCCCAAUCCUUAGAGCAAAGGAAGCCAGUGUUGAAGUGCUGCUAGUGUUGUGAUAAAAAAGAAAACCACUCCAUCACCUGAUCACACUUAGGCAGGCUGAUUCCUGCUGGCUAUUACAGGCAACCCUGGAUAGGGUUAAUGGACUGGAAAACCACUGUAUCCCUGCCUGCACAAGCGUGAACAAAAGCUAUUGAGAUGUAAAAACCCCACAGUUUUCUGUUUUAGAGCCAGGCUGACUACAGCUGCUAGAACCUUCCAGGUUUGAGCAUCUUUAAAUCAGAUUGAGAAUUGAGAGGGUAAAGAGGGCUGAUCAGCCAGCACAUUUUAAGCACAGUGGCAGACGUAUGGAGUGCUAAUGCUGACACUGUUGUAUGCAUUGGAGGGUGGAGUCCUUUGCUGUCAGUCAAGUGCUUACCUACUUAAUGUGACACUGAAGCUCCUGGGACUGUGGUUGGAAGACUAAGUCUCUGGCCUGAGGAAGUCUUCAUCUUGUACUAGGAGGCCCACAAGCCUGUUUCCUUAUCCGCUACAAAGUGAGACUAUUAAGGAAAACCAAACAGGAUGGUGGCUCAUGUCUACCACAAGGGUGCUAAGCCUUUUCCAAACACUUGAUAUUUCUUUAGGACCUCAGGUCCUAGGCAACCUCUUUUCUAUGCCACUCAUGACUGUCUCAACACUGGGCUUUUAGGUCUGUUUUUAACAUACUCAUCUCCAAUAAAGAUGAACUGUUCAACUCUGAGUGGUCAGAGGGUAGCUGGCUCUUGUCAGGGAGGGGAAGUUGUGUGCCUCAGAAUAACCAGUGGAUGGGUUUGCUAGUCUUGAUGCUACCUACCUAAGAUUUACCAUACUUUAGCCUCACUGACACCUUACCAGCCUUUGAAGUAGCUGGGGACCACAGCAGGAAGAUCACCCCAGCAGCCACCUCACUGGCAGGGCAUACACAUUAGGAGUCACGGUCCUGGGUCCAGAUUGGGCUGUCUGCUGCUAAGAGAGGAUAACCUCAGCAACAUCAUCCAACCCCUCUGGUUUUCAUUAUAAAACGGGUUGUGAUUGUACUCCCACCCCAAGCCUCCUGGUAGGUGUUUAAUGAGAUAAUUCGGGGGAAGCAUCAUCUUUCUAUACUACUGAAAGUUGGAAAUGCUUAAGUCACAAGUGGAUUUUAA